AUGGUUGAGCAUGCACUACAGAAAGGCUUCCUAGGAUGCAUACACUCCCUGCACUUGAAUGGGCAGAAACUGGACCUGGAGGAGGAAAGGGCAAAGGUCACACCCAGCGUGCGGCCAGGAUGCCCAGGCCACUGUAGCAGUUAUGGCCACACCUGCCACAACGGGGGCAAGUGCGUGGAGAAGCUCAGUGGGUACUUCUGCGAUUGCACCAACUCGUCCUAUGAAGGGCCCUUCUGCAAAACAGAGGUUUCUGCUGCAUUUGAGGCUGGCACUUCAGUUACUUACAUGUUUCAAGAACCGUACCCGGUGACCAAGAAUGAAAGCCUCCCAUCCUCAGUGAUGUAUGCGGAUGCAGCUCUAUCCAAGGAAAACAUUGCAGUUAGCUUCGUGACAGCCCAGGUGCCCAGCCUCCUGCUUUACAUCAGUUCUUCUCAGGAUGCCCUGGCCGUCCUGCUCUGUGACAAUGGUGAAUGCCAACAGCAAGAAGCCCAGGCAUUUCAGGUGGGCUGGGGAACAGUGCGAGCGUCCUGGAGCCCCACGUGACUGCCACCUAGAUUGGGUCCCACUGGGCAGCUUCUCCCACAUGUCCAGCCAAACCCUAGGUCGUAUUUACGUUGGGAGUUGGUAUCGAUGUUCAGAGCCAGUGUCAAGUCAUGGCCAGUCUCAGACGUAUGCACUUGAAUUUGUCUCACUGUGUAAUGUAACUCU